AUGUUAAAGCAAUUAAUCAUAGUUAUAGUCGUCUUCAUAAUUGCUACGACCGUGUACCAUCCGGAUAGACAUGCCAAACACUAUGACUACAUCGAAGAUACCGAGGUACUCAAUGAACUCAUACCGGACCCAAGAAUCCGGAAGGAAACUAACCUAGGAGACUGCAACUACGAGGAAAUCCUUUUAAAUAACGUGGAAAUCUAUGCUGGUGAUGUCUACAAAAGUUAUGGCUUUCAUUUGCCGAACGAAGGUGGAGAAUAUCGUCCUGCGAACUGUAAUCCUCUCUACAGAACGGCGAUUCUGGUGCCUUACCGCAACAGAGAGGAGCAACUGAGUAUAUUCAUAAAUUACAUUCACCAUUAUCUGCAGAAAUUAUUAAUUCACUACAAGAUAUUCAUCGUGGAGCAAAACAACACGGGCCUCUUCAAUCGGGCGAAGAUGUUCAAUGUAGGCGCGCUCGAAGCCAUAAAGCAAAACUUCAGUUGCCUCAUUUUGCACGAUGUCGACUUGUUACCAUUAUCAUCAGGAAACAUUUACGCCUGCUCUAAAUUUCCAAGACAUAUGUCUAGCUCUUUAGACACUUUCAGAUUCAAUUUACCGUAUUUAGGUUUAAUGGGCGGCGUUAUUUCAAUACAAACUAAUCAGUUCGAAGCAGUCAAUGGAAUGUCCAAUAUGUACGAUGGUUGGGGAGGCGAAGACGAUGAUUUCUACACGAGAUUGAGAAACCAAGAUUAUAUACCUUACCGAUUUUCACCUGAUUUAAGCAAAUACACUAUGCUUUUGCACAAAAAGGAGAAACCUAGCGCCGAUCGAUACGAGAAGUUACACAACUCAUUGAAUAGACAGAUGAUAGAUGGCCUAAAUUCCAUGAAGCGCGAUUAUGGGAUUAAAUUGAGGCCACUGUACACGCACAUCUACGCACCGUGAAUCUUUCAUUUUUUUUUAAACCUAGACUUAUGAUCAAAAAGAGAACAACUAUUUAUUUUUGUUUCAUUUGUACAUAGAAUCCAUAUUUAUUGAAUGUACAGUAUAUACGCACCUUUAUAUACAUUUUUUUUUGUAAUAAGUGCAUAGAAACCAAAGUCGAGUAUCAAAGUUGCAUUUACCAAAACAAUUGAAUUACUGCGGAAUUAUUAUUGUUAAAAUUACUUAAGGAAUAACGCACGUAUAUAUCUAG